AUGACAACAGCUAUCCUCCCCCAAGGCGCGGGGUACGGCGUCGUGAUCGGCAUGGGUCUCUUCUUCAGCGCAUUCAUCGUCCUCAUCACCAAAGUUCAAGCCCGCUACACGCGCUGGCAACCCAGUUCGGCAGAGGAGUUCAACUCUGCCUCGCGUUCCGUCCCGCCCGGCCUCAUAGCGGCCGGAAUCGUAUCGGCGUGGACGUGGGCCGCAACCCUCCUACAGUCCUCGGCAACAGCGUACAAGUUCGGUAUCUCUGGUCCGUGGUGGUACGCUGCCGGUGCGACGGUUCAAGUACUCCUAUUCGCCAUGUUGGCCGCCAAGCUCAAGCUGAACGCCCCUUACUGCCACACCUUUCUCGAGAUUGUUUAUGCGCGCUGGGGCAAGGUCGCCCACAUCGUGUUCCUGUUCUUCGGGCUCGCAACCAACAUCAUCGUCUCGACUAUGCUCAUCCUCGGCGGUAGCGCUACCGUCACCGACCUUACGGGGAUGAACACUAUUGCUGCGUGUUUCCUCAUCCCUUCUGGUGUGGCGAUUUACGUGCUUAUCGGCGGGAUGCGCGCGACCCUCAUCGCCGACUUUACGCAUACCCUCGUGUUGUACUGUAUCCUGGCGGCUUUCGCACUGGUCGUGUACGCGACGAGCGAUAUCAUUGGCUCUCCAGCCCGGAUGUGGGAGCUUCUCCACAAGGCUGCGGAGAACCACCCGAUCAAGGACAACGCGGGUGGAAGCUACCUCACCCUCCGGUCUAAGAGCGGCCUCAUCUUUGGUGUCAUGAACAUUGUCGGCAACUUUGGCACCGUCUUCAACGACCAGGCGUACUGGCAGCGCGCGAUUGCCUCGCAACCCCAGACAAGCGUCAAGGCUUUCAUCUGGGGCGGCUUAGCGUGGUUCGGCAUCCCGUGCACCAUCGCUACUUCGCUCGGUCUCGCGGCAGUCGUGCUCGCCUGGGGCCCACAGCAGCUCAUCACGCUCUCCCCAGCCGAAGUUGGCGCUGGCCUGCCGGCGGUCAAGGCAGUUGGUGCGCUGAUGGGCAAGAGUGGCGCGACGGCCAUGCUCAUCCUCCUCUUCUUGGCCGUUACGUCUGCCGCUAGCGCUGAGCAAAUCGCUGUCUCCAGCCUCCUCACAUAUGACGUGUACGGGACGUACAUCAACAAGCGGCCAACGGAGAGGCAGAUCCUCGUCGCCUCGCACUGCGCCAUUGUAGGAUAUGCGCUGUUCAUGGGUGCGAUCGCGACGGGAUUCUACUACAUUGGCAUCAGCAUGGGAUACCUCUACCAGCUAAUGGGGUGUAUUAUCGGAAGCGCGGUCGUCCCCGUUGCCUGCUGCGUUAGCUGGCGGCGUGCGAAUGGAAGCGCAGCAGUGGCCGGCGCUGUGCUCGGCUUCGUCGCUGGUGUGGCUGGAUGGUUGGGUCUCACGGCCCACAUGUACGGCACGAUCAACGUCGAGACGACAUUCACCGACUACCCCAUGCUCACGGGCAACCUCCUCUCCAUCGGUGUUGGUGGUAUUGUCACUGUCGUGGGGUCGAUGAUCUGGCCGGCCGAUUUCGACUGGGAGAUCACGCGUGCGAUCAACGCCGACGCGGGGCGCAAGGCAGCGAAACUCACCGAGGAUCCGAUUUCGGAAAACAGUUCCGUCACCGAGGUCCGCCUCCCUUCGUCCGGUGAGAAGAAGGACAGCGUCGACGGAACGAUCGCCGACACGGAGGCGCAGAAUAUAUCCGAUGACGCGUCGUUGCGUAAAGCGUUCCGACUUGCAGCCUACUCAGCCCUCAGCCUCACCUUCAUCCUCCUCUUCGCUGUUCCCAUGCCCCAGUUUUUCACAUCGUACAUCUAUACUCAGGCAGGCUUUACUGCAUGGGUGUGUAUCGUGAUGAUGUGGCUGUUUGCGGGCAUGAUCGCAGUCGGUCUAUACCCGCUCUACGAGGCGCGGGAAGGGCUGGCAAGUGUUUGUCGGGGGAUCUACCGCGACCUGCGGAGGAAGUAG